AUGAAGCUCAAUCCGGGAAAGUGCGCCUUCGGAGUGACGGCGAGAAAAUUCCUAGGAUUUAUGGUGUCUCAAAGGGACAUCGAGGCCAACCCGAACAAGAUCCGGGCCAUAAUGGAGAUGGCGCCCUUAACAAAUAUGAAGGAGGUACAAAGCCUCAACGGAAAAAUAGCAGCAUCGAAUAGAUUCAUGUCAAGAGCAACAGACAAGUGUUUAACCUUCUUUCGCACACUGAAGAAAUCUUUCGAAUGGACUGCCGAGUGUCAGCAAGCAUUCGAGGAGUUAAACGCUUAUCUAUAUUCCCUACCACUGCUAAGUCCCUCGCAGCUAGGUGAAGAGUUUUUUCUCUACCUGGCCGUCUCCCCUGCUGCCGUCAGCGCUGCCUUGAUUAGAGAAGAGGAUAGAGUGCAAAAGCCCGUAUACUACGCCAGCUGGGUGCUUUGCGGUGCCGAAGAAAGAUACCCGCCCAUGGAAAAACUCGCUUUCGCAUUAGUCACGGCAGCCUGUAAGCUUAAACCAUACUUUCAAGCCCACACGGUGAUCAUCCUGAUUGAGAAGCCCUUAAGACGGGCGAUGAGUAGACCUGAAGCCGCUGGUCGAUUGGCACUGUGGGCCAUAGAGUUGAGCGAGUUUGACAUACAGUAUCGACCACGAACCGCUAUCAUGGGACAGAUCGGCCUCGACUUUAUAGCAGAAUUUACCAGCGACGAGGGCAAAGGGGCAGAAGAGUUUCCCCAGUGGAGCAUACAUACAGACGGAUCAUCCAACAGACAGGCCGAGGGGGCUGGCAUCAUACUACUAUCUCCCGAGGGGGACAUGGUUGAGUGUAUGGUCAAUCUUGACUUCCCCACUACCAACAAUGAAGUGGAAUACGAAGCACUAUUGGCGGGGCUCGAUCUUGCUAGAGUAGCAGGGGCCUUAAGCGUAGUCAUUUAUUGUGACUCUCAGGUCGUUACUAAUCAAGUGAAUGGAGACUAUGAGUGCAAGAACGAAAGGAUAAAGAGGUAUCUGGAUCAAGUAAGAAAAAGAGUAGGCGACUUGAAAGCCAAAGUAAUCCAGAUCCCCAGAGGAGAAAAUGAGCAAGUCGACUGUCUCGCCAAAGCUGCUUCAGGAGAACAUACGAUCACUCUGGGUAACGUACUCUCUUUUGUUCAAUUUUAUCCAUUAAUAGAUCCCGAUGAUGUACAGGAGAUUGGCUUUGAGAGUAACUGGACCACACCAUUGGUUUCAUACUUAAAGAAUGGCGUCUUGCCAGACAGGAAGGAAGUCGUGAGAAAACUGAAGGUCCAAGCAGCAAGAUUCAUCUUGAUAAAAGAUGUCUUGUAUAAAAAAGGUUUCUCCCAUCCAUAUCUGAGAUGCUUAGGUACAGAAGAAGCGGACUACGCCAUGAGAGAAAUCCACAAGGGUGUUUGCAGAAACCACUCGGGGGCACGGUCAUUAGUACACAAGUUGAUUCGAGCAGGAUACUACUGGCCUACAAUGCUAAAGGACACGCAAGCUUAUGUCAAGUUCUGCGACAAGUGUUAG